AUGGGAAACACCGAAAGUAACGUCACUAGUGGGGUGAAGAAGCAAGCUGGGACAUCAACUCAAAAGUUGUAUAAACUCAUCGACUUGAAGGGUGGCGGUCUCCUGGUCGACAUGAUGAAACGCGCCGUUCAAAACAAGCAGUAUGCAGAGAUAGACCACGCCAUAAAAACAAAGGUGGAACCGUUCCUUUACAAUAGAGGCAAAGGCCGAUACAUACCGAUAUCGCAUCUAGUGCUUCUUCGGAAUAAAGAACGACCGAGGCAUAAAUUGCUGCCCCCUUUGAGAGGUAUGGAAAAUCCUGACGAAGAAUUCGAUAUAGAGAAGGAUUGGCCCGCUGUAACCCAAGAAGAGUACGAUAACAAUCCCUCUGGCUUUAGAGAACUCUGUUGGGACUUAAAGGAGCGUGGGGCAGUGGGAGAGACCAUCCUGCAUCUCUGCUUAUUAAAUGCCACUUCUUUACUGGCGGAUUUGGCGAAGAGGCUUUUGCGCUUCUAUCCGAAGAUGAUCAACGAUAUUUACAUGGGUGACGAAUAUUAUGGAGAAAGCGUUCUUCACAUGACAAUAGUUAACGAAGAUCCAACAAUGGUGAAAUUCUUACUGGACGCUGGUGCUGACUAUCAUGAGCGCUGCUUUGGCAACUUCAUGUGUCCUGAAGACCAAAAGGCUUCCAGAUCUGAUUCUUCGGACCAUGAAUGGGUCAAUGUUCAACCGGAUACUAAUUACGAAGGUUACGUCUACUGGGGAGAGUACCCAUUAAGUUUUGCCGCAUGUUUGGCUCAAGAAGAGAGCUACAGAUUAAUUUUGGCGCGAGGAGCUGAUCCAGACAAACAGGAUACGAAUGGAAAUACCGUACUCCACAUGCUUGUUAUUUACGACAAAGUGAACACUUUUGAUAUGGCCUACGAAGUCGGUGCUUCUCUUAACAUCAGAAAUGUAAGAAAUUUGACACCGUUGACUUUAGCUGCCAAAUUAGCGAGGACAGAGCUCUUCUUCCAUAUCCUCAACAUAGAGAGGGAAAUCUACUGGCAGAUAGGAGCCACCACUUGCGCUGCCUAUCCCCUGGGCCAGGUCGAUACCAUUGAUACGCAGACAGGACUUAUAAGCAAAGAUUCUGCUCUUAAUUUAGUUGUAUUUGGAGAAAAAGAUGAACAUUUAGAAUUACUAGAAGGCAUGCUGAUAGAUUUAUUGAAGACGAAAUGGAAUACGUUCGUGAAGUUUCGAUUCUACCGUCAAUUCAUUCUAUUCGCGUGCUACUUCGUAGUAUCCUUAGUUUGCUUCACACUAAGACCUGGACCAUCUGAUCAUACUACUAAUUCUACUCUGACAAAUAUGACUUCUACUGGAUUGGUCAAUGUUAUUAACGAUACUGAAAUCAACGACGGCGAUAAGUCAGCAAACUGUAUACUAGCUUAUAACAUAACGGAAAAAAUAGGAGUGGAAAUCUUAAACGCAACGAAGGAAAAUGCAAACCGUUGCGGCCAAUUUAAAAGCCACCCGAAAGAGAAAGACAAACUGUCGCCGAAAGAGACGAAUAUGGAGGGGUGGUGGGAGGAUCUCACUGAGGAAUGCAGGUUAAUGAACUUUGACUCAUCGCAAGCAAAGGUCCGCAUAUGCACCGAGUUGAUGCUAUGGGUUGGGGCACUGAUUUACAUCGGCGCCGCACUGAGGGAAGCCAGAUUUUUGGGACUGAAAAUGUUCUUCGAAAACCUGAGUACGGUGCCAUCUCGGGUGAUGUUCCUAUUCUCGUGUCUUCUCAUGGUGGUAUUGCCAUCUUUGCGCUUGUGGUGCGCGGAUGAGGCAGAAGAUCACCUUGCAGUUAUCAUCAUGCUUACCACGGCACCAUAUUUCUUGUUUUUCUGCCGGGGUUUCAAAACAGUGGGACCGUUCGUGGUGAUGAUAUAUAGAAUGGUGAUGGGGGAUCUAUUGCGAUUCGUUUGUAUUUACCUCGUGUUUGUCAUGGGUUUCUCACAGGCAUAUUACAUUAUUUUUCUGUCGUUCGACAAUCCGAACACCCCAGACGGAGUUGACGAUUCCGUGUCGAAUCCAAUGCCUUCGCCCAUGGAGAGCAUCAUGGCCAUGUUUCUAAUGUCCCUUACUUCUUUCUCGGAUUACUUCAGCGCCUUCGACAGGACCGCUCAUGAGGUUGAGGCGAAGCUUCUCUUCGUAAUAUAUAUGAUCCUAGUAGCGGUACUACUCGUAAACAUGUUGAUCGCUAUGAUGGGAAAUACGUAUCAGAAGAUAGCCGAGACGAGAAACGAGUGGCAGAGACAGUGGGCGAGGAUAGUGCUGGUGGUGGAGAGAGGGGUUCCACCUGCGCAACGCUUAAAGCAACUGAUGACGUAUAGCCAGCCAAUGGCUAGUGGGAAACGAGCGCUUGUGUUGAGGAUAAAUCAGAAAGACGAAGAUAAAGAGGAGAUGAAGGAAAUAUUGGAGAUGAAACGUACGCACCAACGCAUCGUCGCAAAGAGGAAGCAACGCGAGCUGGACACGAAGAACGGUAGACCUGCUGCCCCGGUCGUCAGAAACUAUCCUCUCAGGAAGUGA